AUGUCGAAAAGGGACGAAAUUGCUUCGCUUAAGGCGAGCCGAAGGGGAUUUAAGUCUGCCUUGACUCGAGCGCGGAAAUCCGCCCAAUCAGCCCUCGAUGAUUACAUCCUGGGUGACGAUCCAGUUCUCUUGGAGAACUUCUUGGGCCAUUGGGACGAUCGUCUGCAAAAAUAUCUAUUUGCCGAGGACCAAGUGAUCUGUCAUCUUGAUGCCGAUGCAAACGAUGCAGAUUCGGCCGUAGACGAACAAACUAAUGCCUUUUUUAAGGCCAAAUCUAUUAUCAUUGGGUUUCGUAGAGACGUGGAUGCUUCAAAUCUUCAAGCUGUCGGAGGUAACCAGCCUGACCCCGCUCGUGGUUCUGGUAUUCCCCCUUUGCCAUUGCCCAAAGUGGAUGCCAAGAAACCCCCAAUUUUACAUGAGGAUACCAACCACAAGGUCUUCACUAGGUGGCGGCCCUUAUGGGUUAAUUAUGCCCGUCUUACCUCUUUAGAUCAACGUGAUCAAGCCAUCCAGGUCGGCCUUUUCUGGGAGUGCUGUAGCCCAGGGUUCCUUAAGAUCAUCGUCCAUUCUCUUGGGAUCAAAAUGGAAACCGGCCGUCCCGUGACAGAGAUUCUGGACCUUCUGGAAGAUCAUCUUCGCAGCCUCCGUAAUGUCCAUCUCGACAUGCGUGACCUUCUAGCUGUUCGCCAAACUGAGGGCCAGGAUUACACGUCCUUUUGCGGCACUAUCCGAGAGCUUGCGGAUUAUGCUGAUGCUUCCAAGGUAACCGAGGACCGUCUUCUCAUUGCCUUAUUAUUACAGGGCAUGAGAGAUGACUCUGACAAGGCCAAAACGAUGGAACGGAACCCGUCUACUUUCGACGACGCACGGAGACACAUCUUGGAGUUAGAAACUUCACGCAAUGGGGUUCACGAGUUUGGUUCCCGCCCGCGAUCCUCGUUAUCCUUUGCCGUUCACAAAGAUCAAACUGUUAACGCUGCCAAAUCAAACUACCGAAAACUCGGUGGGAAAUCGGGCAAAUGGCCGGGGACAAAGGCGGACCAUUUCGAGUGCCAUGGGUGCGGUCGAUUAGGCCAUUGGAGGCCUGUUUGCCGCCAGAGGGAGGACAAGAAGGCAAGUGGUGUACACGUAUGCGUGGCUUCGACGUCGUUCCCCGACCGUGGGAACCGGGUCAAUGUCGAAGUGACCCCUUCUGGAUCUUCAAAGUCAGUGAGAGUCCAAUUUUGCGCUGAUACUGGGGCCGACGUAGUCAUUAUGGGUAUCAAUCAAUUUCGAGAUUCAGAUUUGUGCCAAAUGACCCCUAUUGAAUCACGUUUUGGCGAGGCGAAUAUCUCGGGAGUUGAUGGUCGUGCCUUGAAUCUUUUUGGUACAUUCCAGGCGGAUUUGUCUUUGGACAAGGAACACAGAGUUCAAGACGUAACGGUGGUAGUCAGUUCUGACUUAGAUGAUGCAUACUUGGGAUUGGAUGCAUGCCGAGCUCUUGGGAUUGUUGGUCCUGCCUUUCCACAACCCAUGGUGUCAGCUAUUCCGAAGGCCUUGGGUUCUCCCCUCGAUCCGACCAAGCACGUGUGGCCGUUGAAUCUUCGUGAAGAAUGGAUUUCAUCACUUCCAAAAUGUCCUUCUGUGAGUGAUUUUUCAAAUGCCGAGGCUAAGCUUAGAUCCAUUUACAGUGCUGCCUUUGAUGCCUCCUCCUUGAAACCAUUGCGAGGUCCUAUCGUGGGUGACCCAAUGGUGAUUACCCUGAAAGAUGGAGCAAUCCCAUUCGCUAUUAACACGGCCCGCCAGAUCCCAAUCCCUCAAAUGAAAGAAGUACAGACCAUGCUAGAGGCGAUGUGUGUCCAGAAGAUAAUUGAGCCUGUGGGUGAUGUUCCUACGAAAUGGUGUCAUCCCAUAGUCGUGGUCCCCAAGUCAGACGGAUCAUUCAGAUUGUGCGUGGAUCUGACCCGAUUGAACACCGAGGUAGUGCGUUCUAUCCACCCUACGAAGACCCCGGCUGAGGCCAUCUCUGGAUUUCAAUCUACGGAUGAGUAUUUUUUAAAACUCGAUUUGGUCAAGGGAUACUGGCAAAUGCCUUUAGAUCCCAAUUCCCAAGAGUUGACAACUUUUAUCACUCCUUUUGGGAAAUAUCGUUUCCUUCGCUCACCUAUGGGGUUCAUUUCCACCGGCGAUUCUUUCUCUUAUAGAGGCGAUAUCGCCAUGUCCGGUUUAAACGUACAGAAAGUCAUUGACGAUAUGGCUGCUGGUGCUAAGGAGUACCCGGACCUAAUCCGCUUAACGUGUAAUAUUCUUGAGCGUUGUGUCCGGUAUGGAAUGACGGUGAACGCCAAGAAGAGCGUGAUCGGUGGAGCGAGGGAUAUCGACUUUGUUGGGUUUCGCAUCUCUCGGAACAAGAUCGAGGCAGACCCAGAAAAGGUCGAUGCCAUUAGGCGAUUCCCCCCUCCAGAGGACCGCCGCGAUCUCCGUUCAUUCCUUGGGCUGGUCAAUCAAUUGGGCCAGUUCUCCAGUUCCAUUGCCAAAACCGCCGAGCCUUUGAGAGGCCUUUUGAAAACCAAAAACACCUUCUUGUGGCUUCCCGAGCAUGUGGUUGCUUUCAAUGAGGUCAAGAGGGCUCUCACAUCCCCUCCUAUCCUUGGUAUGUACACGAUUGGGGCAGAGACGGUGCUUCAGACGGAUGCAUCAAAAUUGAAGGGUUUGGGGUUCGUCUUGUUACAACGUCUGGAAGACCAAUGGCGACUGAUACAAUGUGGCUCACGCUUCUUGAAGGACGCAGAGACCCGUUAUGCCAUUGUGGAGUUGGAAGCGCUAGCCAUUUAUUGGGCUAUUCGCAAAUGUCGAACGUAUUUGGCCGGUAUGGAACACUUCAAGGUGCUUUCAGAUCAUAAACCACUGCAAACGAUUUUCAAUCAACAAAUGCUUAAUGCCAUCGAAAAUCCUAGGAUCUUGAAUUACCGUUCCCGUCUUUCUUCUUUCAAGUUCACGGUUGAGUGGAGGUGUGGAAAGACCCACUUCAUCCCAGAUGCUCUGUCCCGGGCCCCGAUAUCUAUCCCCGAGGUGAUCGACGAUUUGGAUCCGGAUCCCUCCAACCUUCAGGUGGCCUUGGUUAAAGCCCACGAAUCAGAUCUGACAUUGGAAGACUUGUCGUCCCAUGCCCGUGAGUCUCAAGACUACGGCUGUUUGAGGGACGCCAUCAAACAGAAUAUUGUGGCAAAAGCUCGAUCGGGGUAUGUCUCCUUAUUUAAAAAGAUGUCAGACGAGCUCUCCUUGGAUGGUAAUUUGAUUUUGAGGGGCUCGCGCAUUGUCAUUCCACCGCCUGCAAUAAAGAAUAUCUUGUCUCUACUGCAUUCAAGCCAUCAGGGAAUAGAGCGUACAAAACGGCGUGCCAGACAGAUCGUUUUCUGGCCGGGGUUUAAUUCCGAUAUCGCAAAUAUGGUAGAGGCUUGUUCGGAAUGUGCUUAUUUUCGGCCAUCCAAUCCGCCGGAGCCCCUGAUUCAAAUGGAUCACCCGUCCCGACCAUUUGAAAUGGUAUCAGCCGAUUUCUUUUCUUAUGGAGGCCAUGAGUAUUUGGUUUAUACCUGUCGAUUCUCUGGCUUUCCCUUCAUCCAGCGCUUUCAUGCGCCGCCUACGGCUUCCACUUUAAUCCGAGAACUUCGUUGGCUGUUCUCGGUAAUGGGCGUGCCCAACGUGUUCCGGUCCGAUAACGCGACGGUGUUCAGUUCAUCUGUUUGUCAGGACUUUUUCAGACUGUGGGGCGUGCAAUGGCGGCCGUCUUCACCGCACCACCCUCAAUCCAAUGGCCAUGCCGAGGCCAACGUUAAAUAAGCCUCAAAUAUCUGUUGGCCAAGUGCGGAGGGAGUGGAGGUCGGACCAAUUCCAGACGGGUCUUUUGGAGCUGCGGAACACGCCUCGAUCGGACGGGUUAUCACCCGCCCAACGCGUCUUUGGUCGACCUCUCCGCUCCAAGCUUCCCAUUCAUUGGCGUGCCUUUUGCUCUGAUUUCCAGGCUCGUCUGAACACGCCGAUGGCCUGCGUUGGCGAGAAUGAGCGAGUUCGCAAGGCCUACUUUGAUCGAACUAGCCGCGUGCGCAAGAGGUUGCCCGUGGGUGAGUGUGUGUUGGUUCAAGAUCCUGUCACCCGCCGUUGGGACAAGCAUGCCAUCGUGGUGGACAAUCGGUCCCCGCGACGCUAUGGUCUUCGGUUCCCUUCGGGCCGAUGUCUUGAAAGAAAUAUUCGUUUCCUGUCGAGCCCCGCCGGGUUUAACCCAGCAUCUGUUCGGCGCUUCCACAUCGGUGGCCAGCGAUGACGUCAAUGACGCCAAUGACGCCGAAACCGCUUCAGCCAAGAGGAAUGGACAGGAAACGUCAAAUCAAGAAACAAGACGUGGGACAGCGUGACCGACAGCCAACAAAACGUUUUCAAUGUUCAUGAACUGGUGAAUUAAUAACACUAUCGAUAUCAUUAUUUUUCAAAAGGGAGUUGGGAUGAUGUGUUGGUGAAAAUGUAAAUGUUUUAUUCGUAUUGAAGUGUGAACGAGGGAUAUCCACGAGGACUUGUGAAAUGUUUACAUGCGAGCCUGAGACAGAAAAUAAAAAGACUCUUGAAUUGAAUAUUGGUGAAUGAGCAUCCUUCUCCCUCCGACCCGAAGUCCUU